GCGCCGGCCGAGCGAUGCGCUCUGCCGCUCUGCUGAGCGGGUCUGUGCCGGUUCCGCGGGCCGCCGAGCGAGGGAUUUGCCCAGCAUGUCUUCCCUGACAGAGAAGGACAGACCAAUUGUUCAGCUCUUACUCAGUGCUGGCACUUGCCCACGAUGUGUUUUGAGGUUCUGCUGCGUGGGAUCACAGAUGCUCUACAGACUCCCACACCAGGAUCUGAUGAAGGAUUUGCAAGAAUUUCUGAAGAACAGCCAGGAAAAAGAAGACACAGUCUGUUUGGAUGUGGCUGACCCACCUUGUAAGAGAAUCAGGCUUGAACACAUCAGGGAAGAAGGUGCUGAUGAUCUGAACCUCAACGGGGCCAUCCCAGAGCUUCCCUUGGCUGCCAGUGGGAAUACUGCCACGGAGAGCUCGGCUGGGAAGGUUUGCAACGUGUGUUUGGGAAUUCUCCAGGAGUUCUGUGAGGCUGACUUUGUUAAACAGGUGUGCCAAAAAGUUAAUUCUGCUGACUACCAGUUCACCAGUUUUGUAUUUUCUGUGUCACUACCCCCACAGCUGUCUGUCAGAGAGCGUGCUGCUUGGCUGGGGGUGAAGCAGCAGAUGAGAAAUCUGGGCCUUCCCUUCGCAAAGGAUGACAUCGUUCAGCUGAAAGAAGCUUAUAAGUGGAUCAUUCAUCCCCAGCUGUCAGAAGAGUUGGGUGUUCCUGCUGAUGGAAAGAGUUUGUUUGAAGUUAGCGUGGUCUUUGCUCACCCAGAAACAGACGAAGAGUGCCAUUUCCUAGCCACAGCCUGCCCAGACUGUUUCAAACCAGCAAAGAACAAACAGUCUGUUUUCACCAGAAUGGCAGUUAUAAAAGCCCUGGAGAGGAUAAAAGAAGAAGAUUUUCUCAAGCAUUUUCCAUGUCCUCCAAGUUCACCAAAGAACCUCUGUGAUGCUCUGGAAAUUGAAUGCAAUAAUGGUGCAGUUUUUGUUGCUGGAAGAUACAACAAAUAUUCCAGGAAUUUACCUCAGACUCCCUGGAUUAUUGAUGGGGAGCGAAAGCUGGAAUCUUCAGUGGAAGAAUUAAUUUCAGAGCAUCUGAUGGCAAAAUUCAAGGCAGACAGCUUUAAUUUUAGUUCCUCUGGAAGAGAAGAUGUGGAUGUAAGGACACUAGGCAAUGGAAGGCCCUUUGCGAUGGAGCUGGUGAAUCCUCGCAGGAUCCAUUUCACCGCAGAGGAGAUGAAGAGGCUGCAGCAGGCAAUUAAUGAUUCUUCAGACAAAAUACAGGUUCGAGAUUUACAGCUUGUCACCAGAGAGGCAAUUGGUCGUAUGAAGGAAGGUGAGGAGGAGAAGACAAAGACCUACAGUGCCUUGAUAUGGACAGACAAAGCAAUACAGAGAGAAGACAUUGCGUUUCUAGAUGAUAUCAAGGAGUUAAAGCUGGACCAGAAGACCCCUCUGCGGGUGCUGCACCGGCGGCCCCUGGCCAUGCGCUGCCGGCUCAUCCACACCAUGAAAUCCGAGUACAUCGAUGAGCACCACUUCCGUCUGCACCUCAAGACUCAGGCAGGAACCUACAUUAAAGAGUUUGUACACGGAGACUUUGGGAGAACAAAGCCCAACAUUGGGUCCCUUCUGAACAGAACUGCUGACAUUCUGGAGCUGGAUGUAGAAUCUGUUGAUGUUGACUGGCCUCCAACCCUGGCUGAUUAACUUCUGGAGCUGGGAUGAGGAAGCAGCAGCUCCUUGGCAGCAGCUGGCGACCAGACACUGUGUAGGAUCUAUUACAGCCUGGGUGCCAAGGGUGUCCCUGGAACAUUGGGAUCAUGCUGAUCUGCCAAAGGAUACCCUUGGGCUCCACUUUACACACUCAGGACCAGGUAGUGUUGGUUCAAUCUCUAGCCUUACUUUUAUUCUGUACAUAAAAAGACUUCGGGGAGCCAGUGUAUAUAACCCUCCAUCAAGCCAGAUUUUAUUUUAAACUCUUUUUCUAUUGGAUACUACAGCUUUCCUUGUGUGAAUGCAGCUAACACUGAGUUACCUGAAACCGACUCCCAGCUUUUUCUGGGCAAUUCAUGCAUGGAAUCCCAAAAGUCAGGAAGACUGCAGCCAGCAGGACAGUGUCUGCAGCAAGUUUCCUGAGACACUGACUGCUUUUUGGUCAGUAGAGGUGAGCAGAUUUGUCUCUCAGAGUGCUUUUCAAAGGGGAAAAAAAAAGUUUUCAGAGGAAAACUUUGCACUUGAAACCAAGUUUUUCUCAUUUAAAAACAUUGGGGAUGCUUCCUAGAAACAAGAGUUGAGGCCUCAUCAGCCCUUUUGAGGAGCAGGAAUUCCCCAGUGAGUCACAAUAUACAAAAAGACUGGGAACUCCUGGCAGUAGGCAUGAUGGGAAUUUAAAGAAAAACAGAAAUACCAAGAAUGUCAACAUGCAGAGAAACAGAAGGUACCACAGGAUGCUGGUAUCAAGAGAGAGAGAGAUAAAAAGCAGUGAUUUAGCAGCAUAAUACAGUUUUUCAUGUACCUCCCCUUGAAUGGAUGCCUGGAAGAGUUGAACACAGCCUAGGAACUUGCCUGGAAUAGGGAAAAUCUGAGGCUUUCUUUAGUUAUUUUAAAUGUUCCCUACUAAGCACCACCAACAUCUUUAGGAAGUCAUUUUUUAUACCAGUAUCAUGUUAAUCCAUUAGGGAGGUGCUUCCCUGAAAUACAGAAGAGAGUUAAACUAUCAACAAAAAAAUAAGGUUUGGAAUUUCAGAGCUCUUUGUUAACAUUUUGGGGAUAAAGAGGGUAACAUUUGCCAAGACAAGCCACUGUCUGGGGACAGGGAGGAUGACUGGGAUGUCUUCCCUUAAAUUCAGUGAUGCUAGAAUAGCUCCAUGAGAGUUUGAGCUAGAGGCUCUAAAAAUGUUAAUACAUUUUUAAGGAGCUCCUUUAAGGCUCUGCCUGUGCUGGGCUGUCAGAACUUGUGUCUGUAAUGUAAGUAAUUCAGAAGCUACUGUUUUUCUAACACAAAAAUUUGAUUCAGACAGAAGUACUAUUUUUGGUUUUAAUAUUAAAGCUCUUAUGAGCAACAGAUUCCAUGAGUAGUUCUCAGAUAAUAAUCUGCAGCUAGGAAGGAAAUGUCAUUAAUGAUGGAAAACUAAAGAAACUGAAUUCAGAAAACAAAAGAGAAUUUCAUAUCUGUGUGAUUUCUUAAAACUCCAAGUGAGCUAAAAUAUUAUUUAUAAAUUCCAUAAUCUACAAGGGAUAGAAAAAAUGCAAACAAGAUUGUGUUCCCUGGACACGACAGGCAUGGGAAGAGCUGUUCCAAUGGGAAAUGGAGCCAGAAGGGGGAGAGGGAAAGGCCUGCUGCAGUAGUGCUAAGGACACACAAAGCUCUUCCCUCUGCAACUCCUGCUGCAUGUGGGGAUCCCAGGCAGAAUCCAGGAUAAACAAGGCCAUAAAGGUGACCCUCAGUGUGCAGGGUCUGAGCUCUUCUCUGGGCAAGGCAGAGAGCUCUUCCCAAAAUUAUCAGGCUAUUUAUUUCUACGGCAAAUCUGAAGUUUCCAAACGGGGGGGCGGGGGAGGGGGGAGGUGGAAGCUGAUAUGCAAAUAUCCCUGAGCUCUUGAGGCAGUUCCUGGGCACCAAUCACGGGCAAAAGUGAAACUGAGAAAUGUAAUCUGGGGGUCUGAACUUUGUUUCCAGUCCAGUUUCACAACCAUCAUGUACUGAAUAUUGCAGCAAUAAUAUUCACGUCAUACUUGGCUGAGUUUUCAGCUGAGUUUUAGGAGUAUUUUUGUGAGUGCUCAAACUGGGUUUUUUGUGAGAGCCAGAUUUCAUCUUCUAUUUCCCCAGCUGGACAUCUCUGAUGCCUCCCCCCCUGCAUUUUGGUUUUACAUCAGCUCAGCUGGGCCUGGAGAGAGCUGUACUGGCAGCACAGCUCAGCCAAAAGCAUCUGUGCCCCCUUCCCCUCUGCCUAAAAACCCAACAGCUCUGCCACAAAACCUGCUGAGGCAGAUCAGCCCUCACAUGCCUGAGGUUUUAUAGUGGCCACCAGCAACAAGGAGCAGAAAAUACCCCAAAAAACGCCAGGAUAAGCAACCAAGAACGUACCUUGUCCCUCUUCCCUGCCUUUCCCGUGGUGAGGGAUGUCACGAAGCUGAGGAGGUUGCAGAAGCUGAGCACUUGGUAUAACCAGUUUUUUUUUAAUUACCAAACCAACUCGUUUACAAAGGAAAACAGAACUUUGAAAAUAUUUAAUUAUACACUAAAAACAAAUUGUAUUACAAAGAGCUUUCUAUGAUGUGAGUAAAAUGUUUACAUUUAAUAUACUUAAAACUGAGAACUUCAAAAAAAAUGAAAGAACUGAAUAAACAACAUGAUUCAA